AUGGAAAGAAUAUGUUACUUACUAAGUCGUGCUAUUUUACUUGGCAACAUCGCCGUCGUUAUUUUGGUUUUUCAAUCGGAAUUCGGUGAUUCCUCUUACUUCCCCCGCUUCACCUUCAGGUUCUCUCUUAUCUCAUCCGUUCUGAAUAUAGCACUCGCCUUAGCUCCCAGCAGCCGUCCUAUAUCCACCUUUCCUCAUAUACGACAACAAGCAGUCGUUCAGGGAACAACAUACAAGAAGCGGUCGCGAGAAAUAGUGACGGUAGCUAUCCUGGCAACUGCUACUAAUCGUGUUUCUCCUGGCAAGCGAAGCUCUUCUAGCAAUCUUGGCUUUUGUAGCAAUCGUGGCUUCCCUAAUACUCGCGAUGGUCUUACUGCAGAACCCAAUUCUGGCGGUCAAAGUCGUGGGCAGAUAUUGUAUAAUGAAUAA